AUGGAACAGUUUGUAGACAUGCUCCAUAAACUCUGGAUCGGGUCCCAUUUCCUCUGUUUAGUCAGCUUUUUUCUUUGUUUCCAGUGGCCCAAUUUCUACACAUACUGUGCCACAUGCUCUUUGGCAGCUCCAUCUUUGGCAUUUUUCCGUCAGAUUUCAAAUACGCUCAAAUUAGAGCUCUCUGAGUCUUCCAAAAGUCCUCUUUCAGAUCUCUUAGAUUCGGAGAAUUUUGUUCUACUCUCGUCUGCAUUUCUUCAUCUUGUAACACCAGCGUCCCCUCUCAAGCUUUUUCCCCUGGCCGUUUACUCUCUGCUCCAUCUUUCAUGGUACAUUUUACAUGAUGCUGUGCCAGUUUCGCCCCUCCGAUUGUCGCUGCUAGCUCUACUUCGCUCCACAGAAAAUGUUUUGCUUGCCAUGGCCACUGUAGCAGACUUUUUGAUUUUCUUCUGCUACGUCAACGAUUGGCUUCGAGGAAAAACCCUGCUGAUUGCCGUGGCUACUUUUGGAUGGACAUGUUUGAAGCAGCUUGGGGAAAGACCGGAAGCUGGUGCUUUGAUGCACCAUGCGAUGGACAUUAUGGUGGCUCUCUACCCUCUGUGUUUUUUGAUCCUGGUUCAAAGGCUGAUUUAUAAGUUGGUGCCUCUAAGGAGACAGCCAGGCCCAAAUACGACAAAAGAAGAAGGUAAGACGGAAUACAGAGAUGGAAGAGAUCCUUUGCAAGAUAAAGAGAAUGUGAUUACAACUCAAGAUAAGAAAGACGUUAGUGACAGAAAUCCACACAUCGGAGAAUCGAACAAGAGCGUCCUAAAAGCUGAAGAGAAGAAAAACUGCCCCGUUGAAAGUCAACAAUCAGACCAGAUCUUAGCAGAAUCAAGGAAAAAUUCUAGCGACACGGAAAUUUCUUCCAAAACACUCGGGGCUCCGAUUGCUCCUGAGAUUGAAGAAAAAGACAAAAGUGGCGAAGGUCUACGGCAAAGAUUGUGUGAGUUACCGAAAGAAUCCGCUUCAAACAAGAACUAUUCGUCAACCAAAAGUAUGGAGGCUAUGCCUCAUCAUCGAAUCCAAGUGCGAGUCAAUAAUCAUAAAGUGGAGCAGAAACCAAAACUACAGGUUACAAACAAUAAUCUUGUAAAAAAACGAGUUGAAAGAUACCUCAUGCAAGUAGAUAAUGAUGGGAUAAACGGCGUUUUUGUUGGUAAGAGGAUGACUGACCCGGUUAACGAUGUUUUCCUGAGGCAAGUCAACAUACCAAGACGUUACGGUGAAAAGAUCGCUCCCGAAGAGAGCAUCAAAGAGAGCUAUCUGGAACUACGAGAUCCCGGACUCGAAGAAGAAUUUCUCAGGUGGGCCAAACCGUCUCGCAAGAUUUCCAAAUUCUGCGAGACGUUUGAUUGA